UAGAGUUUUGCAACUGUUCAGUUAAAUUUGAAGACAUUUUUGUGACUACUUUGUUAAAUAUUAAUCUUAGUAAAAAGGUGUAAUGAUUUUAUUGCAUCUCUCAAAAGUUUCUAUAUGGUCAACUUAAAUCUUGUUCUGACUUUGAGUUGAUUAAGAUAAUAAUACAACAAAAAUAUGAAGGUUUUAAAAUUACUUUUGCAACUCAACUUAUGUUGCUAUGCCGUCAGUUUUGUUAUACGAAAAACAAAGAUAUAUCGUCCAAUACCGACUGAUUUUGUUAAUAACUUGGAACAACAAUCUUCGAAUUUUGCGGGAGGCGAUAUUAAAUUAACAUUUUUAGAGAACAAUCCUUUUACAAACAGUGAUAAAGUACUCAGCAUUGGAAAUUUAAUCAAAUCACUUAGAAUACCAGGAUUCAUUGUUUAUCGUAUAGUUCUUAAUCGCGAUGAUACAGAAAAUUAUGAGAAAGCUAAAUUAUAUCCAAAAUUAGAAACAAUUGAAGAAAAUAAACACUUAUCCAAUAUUGAUAUGGAAAAAAGAAAUUGUAGCGAAGCUCUUAAUUUCAACGAAAUAAAUAAGGAACCCGAUUAUAAGAAUGUAGUUGACCAAAAAUUUGUUGAAAUUAAUUGUGAUUUGAAAAGCUCUAUAGAUAAAGAAAUAAGUAAGGAGGAAACUACAACAAAUAUUAAUGAAGUUACUACUGAGAUUUUAAACGAGAAUUCAACAGUGACGUCCGAAUACGAUGAUGAGAAUUAUGGCAGUUUAUCAGAUCGACAUAAUCUUACCCCAGCUGUAGUGGCGUCGCUAUUAGGAUAAAUAUUUUUUAAAUAAUC